UGACUAGAUAUUGACAACCCCCAGCUUAUUGUACUAUAAGUAUCCUGUAUGUAUGCAUUCUUUAGUAUACAAUACAUUAUAUAUUGAGACUGAGAACGCAUUUUUUCCACAAGAGAUAAAUAUAAUUACUGUGAAAUGAUGAGGAUAGUAUCGGAGCCUGUUUGUGGUACUGUGACAGUUCGCUCUCAGAUGGGGAGGAGCAUGGAGAAUAGUUGUAGUGGGUUCCUUUUGGACAGCAGGGCGGGACACUUCCUUACACAUGGAAUGGUAUUAUCUGAACAUAUUGAUGAAAAAAGUCAUGUAUUCAAAAAACUACAAAGGAAUUUAUACUGCAGUGGAAGAGAUGUACUGAAGUACAUGCCAUUAGAUGUUGGUGUCAGUUUGCCAAAUACUGUGUUGAAAGUUUUGGAGAAUUCUGAUUUAAAAAUGGAACUUGGCAUAACUCCAUCCAGUGCAUUGACAGAAAGACUGCAAGAAAACCAGUGCAUACAAUUCCCUGGAGAGGUCUGUGGCAUAUUUUGUGUACCAUCUUUGAAAAAUAUAUUGAACAAACUCAUGCCUUCGGAUAGUUGGGAAUUUGGAGAUGAACAGACCAACAAAAACAAAAAAGACAAGUCCAAGUCACUGGUUUCCUUUAACUUAUUAUCCUGUUUUGUUUUGAUAAAAUUGCAUGAGUGGGUACCAUUCGAAUCAACAUAUAUGGUAAAACCCUCUAGUCAAAACUACAUAGGUGAUCCAGUCGAGAUAAUGUCCACACCUUUCGGUGGGCUGAAUCCUGAUGUGUUUCUGAAUUCGAGGAGUGAAGGAAUCCUCAGUAACAUGGCGGGGAAAAACAAGGUCCUGUUGAUGACGGACGCUAGAUGUGUCCCUGGCUCAGAAGGGGGACUGCUCCUGGAAAGGAAUAAUUCAAGUUAUGAUAGGCCCGUGAUAGGGGUCAUGAUUGCUACCCUGUGCUGGAGGAACAAUGAGUGGGUGGGACUCUCCAUGGCCUGUGCCCUCCCAGACAUACUGACUGCAAUGGAAGCCAUUCCUGUCAGCAUCUCUCCUACAGUCUCAAACUUGGUACUCAAUAGUAAAUCUGAUCCAGCUUUUCAAAAUUUAGUCAACUCAGUUCCACUUAUCUCUGUAAGAGGAAGUUGGGGGUCAGGGUUCACAGUUGGUAUCCAUGGCAACGAGGUUAUUCUCUUGACAUGCAAUCAUGUUGUCAAAGACUGCAGUCUAAGUGCAGUAAGAAUAAAGUGGCCAUCAGGAAAUGUUUACUCUGGAAAGCUUUUGUAUAGAAAUGUUUCAUCCCCUGCAUUUGACCUUGCUCUUCUGUCAGUCAAGGUUAGACCUUCUGACCUCCCGUCUAUACCCCAAACAGCUCAAGUUGAGGAAGGUGAGCCAGUUUUUGGAAUAGGUCAUGCAGUCUUUAAUGAAGAGUAUGACCUUCUGCCCUCUGCUACAUCAGGGAUCGUGUCAAAAGUUCAUAGAAUGAGGAACAAAGUUGUGAUGGUCCAGACUACCUGUGCAAUACAUGCAGGUGCAAGUGGAGGACCCAUUGUCAACAGGCAGGGAGGGAUUGUGGGGGUCACAGUGUGCAACGCAAAGGACGUCUCAUCGGGUGCUAGCUAUCCACAUAUCAAUAUGAGUGUUCCCAUGGAAACAGUAUUACCAAUCAUUCAACAGUUUCUACAAACAAAAGAUAUAAAUGUGCUAGAGCAACUGCAGAUAAAAGAUCCCUAUGUAGAAGGUCUGUGGGGCCUAGAGACCAAGCAGAGAGGACCGAAAUUUUCCAGCAAACUAUAGUAACCUGAAUUGAUUCUUAGGAGUAUACUGAGGCUAAAGAGAAGAACUAACUGUUUAAUACAUUGUUGCCUAUUACCACAUGUAUUUGUUAGGUUUGUAUGAUAUACAAGGAUAUUCUCCAUGUAGCAUUGAGAAAUUAGCAAGACUGUGAUAAAGAAAUAAAUUUGUUGUGAUUAUA